AUGAAGCAACCCUUAAGUGAUUUGAAUUCCAUUUCUGAGAUAGCUAAUCCUGAGUAUCAUAGAACAAAAGGUAGGCCACCAAAACGUUAUAAAUCAUCAGUUGAAACAAGUACUAGUAAAUCUACUACAUCAGUUAAAACAUGCAGCUAUUGUUUGGGUCAAAAAUAUCAAAAGUUGGAUCACUUGGAUGAUACAAUUGAUCCUUUAAGUAAUAGUACUUUUGUUAGCAAUUCAGUAAUAUCUUCAGAAGAUAUAGAUUUACACGAAAUAUCUGCAGCAAUUGCAAAUAUUUUGCAACCAGAAAAUUUAGAGAAUAUGAUACAAACUGCAAUCAAUUGUGAAGUUGAAAAACGUGUCAAAUUAUUUUUUGAUAACCGUACUAAUUUUAUAAUUUCAUCCUCUUUGUCUCAUUUAUCAUUUUCUUCAUCUCACUUAUCAUCUGCACCUCAAAAAUGA